AUGCCAGCAAAAGCAGGUGGAAAAAAAACUGCUAAAUCUGAAGAUGAUACAAAGAAAAAAGAGUCAACUAAAAAUUCGAAAAAAGGUACUGAUGAAACCGGUGAUAAUGUUUCAGCAACUGGACAUGCGUCACCAACGAAAACAGCAGCAGGAAAUUUAGCUCGAAGUUCAUCUCAAGCUGGUACACCAAUAGAUGAAAAUAUGAAUAAAGACACAGGUGGAUUAACAUCAGAACCUAGUCAACAUACAGAAGGAAAUCGUGAAGGUGGUGAAACUGGAGAUAAUGCGACGAUAGCAGGUGUAGCAGAUGCUGAUAUUAAAUAUGAAGAACCUAUUUUACCUAAUCUAAUUGUAUUAAGUUAUGAAGGAGGAAAAGAAAAAGGAUUAUAUGAAGGAUAUGGUACAGCGACAUAUGUUGGUGGUCAUAACUAUACAGGUGAUUGGAGUGGUGGUAUGAUGAAUGGACAAGGACGUUAUGAAUGGGCUGAUGGUGUAGUUUACUCAGGCUCUAUUGUGAAUAAUCAAUUGGAAGGUAUUGGAACAUAUCGUUGGCCUGAUGGAAGUGAAUAUCAUGGUGAUGUACUUCGUGGUCGGCGUCAUGGUACAGGAGUAUUUCGUCAUGGACAAAGUCCACUUACUUAUGAAGGUGAAUGGAAUAUGGGUAAUAUGCAUGGAAGAGGUACAUUACAAUUCGAUGGUACAGGACAAAAUUAUUAUACAGGUGAUUUUAUUCUUAAUAUCCCAUUUGGUAAAGGUCGUCGACAAUAUGCAUCUGGUAAUUUAUAUGAAGGAAUGUGGGUCAAUGGUAAACGACAUGGAUAUGGAGUAUUUUCUUGGAGUAAUGGAAAUGGAGAAUAUAUAGGACAAUGGGAAAAUGGGAUACAGCAAGGACAUGGUAUUCAUAUUUGGUAUAUUAUUCGAGCUGAAGAAUCACAAUAUGCUUUGAGAAAUUAUUAUGAAGGAAAUUUUCUUAAUGGACGAAGACAUGGACAAGGAACAUUCUAUUAUUCAAGUGGAACAAAAUAUAUCGGAGAAUGGAAAUCCGAUCAAAAACAUGGAAAAGGUAAAGUCAUAUUACGAAAUGGUACAGUAAUUGAAGCUGAUUUUUCAUAUGAUCGUAUCACAACACCUUUAACAAAUGAUAUGACAUCAAUGUUAUUAAUUGAAUUACCUGAAAUAGGAUCAAUAGGAUCAAUACCAUCUGCAUCAAAUACACUUGAUCCAAAUAAUUUAAGACGAAGUGAAAGUCGAAAUACAAUUGGUCCUAGUUUUAAAUUACAAUUCGAACCUGUUUUUAAUCAUUUAUCAACAAUAGAAGAUGAAAAAAAGAAAAUUACAGAACAAGUUUUUCAUGUUCUAUUUCGUAAUCUUCCACAAUUAAAUCGACUGUAUCGUAUAUACGCUCGAUUAGGUGUUGAUUUAGAAACAAAUAUUGAUAAUACUUUUCUUAUGACACGUAUACAAUUUUGGCGAUUUAUUCUUGAUUGUAAUUUACAUAGUUAUGGUGUUACAUUAAUCGAAUAUGAUCGAAUGAUUGCUGAAUGUUUACCAACAGUAAAUCUUCAUGGACCAGAUGAAUCAGUUUUAGUACGAGAAUUUUUAAAUGCUAUUGCUAUUAUUUGUUUUCAUUUACAUCGAUUGAAAAAAAUACAAAGUGAAUCUUCAUCGGAACAACAACAACAACAACCGAUUAGUUUACAAAUUGCUUCUUCAAUGGAAACAAUUAUUGAAAAAAAUAUUUUACAACAAGCAGGAAAAAUUCGAGGAAAUCUAUUUACUGAUCCACAAAAAUAUAUUCAAGCAUUUCCAUAUAAAGAACAAUGUUACAAGAUUUAUUUAUCAUUUUGUACAAAAAAAAAAAAUAAACCAGAUGAUAUUACUAUGCAAAAACGUGAUUUUUUGUUAAUGCUUAAACAUUUUCAAUUAGUUGAUAGUGUACAUUUAACAGCAUCACGUGUAAUAUCUAUAUUAGCUGAAGAAGAUCCAAAUAUUCGACCAUCAGGUUCAACAAAAAAUUCCGAUAUUCGUUUAGAUAUCGAAAUGUCCUUUCUCGAAUUCUUUGAAGCAUUAAUUUCUUGUGCACUUGUUUAUCCUGUUAAUAAAUUUUAUAAUAAUUACAACAGACCAUCGAAAACAGCUGGAUCUGAUCGUAGUCUUGGUUCACAACCAUCGAUUGGUUCGCCAAAUAAUCAUGAUCAAUAUCAAGAAAGUCGUGCAUCAGAACUUCCAACAAUUGUUGUUCGUGAAGUAUCUGAAUUCAUUGGUGAAGGUACAGAUGAUAUUGACAAAACUCAAUCCUUACUCAGUCGAGAACAUCAAGAUCCAAUAAAUAGUGAAACAUCAUUAUCUGCAUAUGCAUCAAAGAUUCAUGCAUUCUUUCAAGGUAUAUUUUUACCAGCGUCUAUGACACAUAAACAUAUUCGUGAACAAAUUCGUGUUGAUCAAGAAAAAACAUGGCAAGGUUUACUACCAGAUAAUAAUCCAUCAUGGUCAAAAAAAUAUACUGUACUUGUUGAAUAA